AUGCAUGGAAUCAAGAGAGAGAGGUUGUCCGAGGAGGCUAGGCGAAAUAAGAAGCUCAGGGACAGGGCCAGGAUUAGAAAUUACAAGACGUUGAAUGCGAUGGUACUUGUUAGAAGAGAUAAAAGGGACUAUUCUGAGGAUGCCUUUAGGUUGUCGACAAAGUUAUUGGAUCUCAAUCCUGAGUACUACACGAUUUGGAAUUACAGACGAGAGAUAUUUUUGAAUGGGUUGUUUCAGGACCCUGGUGAUGCUGCGAAAGGUGAGACUGCUGUGAGCAAUGAUAUGAUACCAGCUAUUCUUGAAAGAGAAUUGAAGUUUCUAAUUGUUUUGUUGAAAAGAUUUCCCAAAUGCUACUGGAUUUGGAACCAUCGAAUGUGGUGUCUUGAGAACAAUCCCAAACCCAAACUAAACAACGAACUAGCUAUUGUGAACAAAAUACUAUCAUUGGAUUCGAGAAAUUUUCAUGGCUGGCAUUAUAGAAGAUACAUUAUAGGUUUAAUUGAGAGCUCCAAUGGUUCCAAGAGUUCUACUAAUUCUGGUAUCAAUGCCAGUGGUACUGAAUUGUCAUUAUCUGAAUUCAACUAUACCACUGAGCUAAUCAAUUUAAAUUUUUCCAAUUUUUCUGCAUUGCAUAAUAGAUCAAAAUUGAUCAUUAAAAUCUUCAAAAAAACCAAUCUUGAUAAUCAAUAUAAAGAAGCCGUAUUAAAGACAAAUCCGGAAUUUGAAAAUAAAUUGGAAUUUCUAACCAAGGAAUUGGAUUAUUUUAAGAAUGCUAUUUACACUGAUCCUGAUGAUCAAUCGGUUUGGUUAUAUCUUAGAUGGUUGUUAUGUUCGAAUGAUUUAUUAAAUUUGAGUAUGGAUGACAAUGAUAAUAACAAUGACAAUAAUAAUAGCAAUAACAAUAAUAACAAGCUUAAAAUCAUAAAAUUACUAUUGCUCCAAAUCAAAGAUAUAAAUGAAUUAAAUGAUUUGGAGAAAAGUGAUGAUAUAAAUUCUUUAGAUAAUAAAUGGUGUCUUAAGAUUAUAAUUGAAAUUCAAAUGACUCUAUUCGAUAAAUUCAUCGAUUUGUUGAAAACAAAUGACACUAAUAAUUCAGAUUAUUUAACUAGUUUAAUAACAAAUUUUAAUCAAAAUUUAACCACAUUGAUUCAAAUUGAUCCUUUACGAUCGAAUAGGUAUCUUGAUUUGCAGAGAAUUUAUAAUAAAAGAUUUGAAACCUUAUAG